GGAUUUGUUCUUGUUACAAUAUUUAUAAAUUUAUUUGUGCACGCAUAAAAUAGAGCGCAAAAUACACUUUCACUUACGCAUAUAAGUGCGUGUAACAUGUAAGUUUGCACCAGAAUAUAUAUUUUAUAAAGGUUCCCCCUGCCAUUUUCAACGCUAGAUAGAAUACUACUUUCGCUUUCUGAUCGUUCCGAAGAGCAACUCCUGAGCUCUUUUCUUAACGCUUUCGCCGAUCCCCGCUCAAUCAAGCAAACGAAAAGAUCACUGACUUGUCGUGGUAUAGUCCUCUCGGAUUCAAAAAAAAAAAUUUCAAUUUUUGAUGUGCGUGAUUUUAAAUAUAAUUUUUUUUUCAAGAUUUUAUUUUCAAAAAAAAAAUAAUUUUGUGAAAAAGUGUGAAGUGUUAAAAAAAAUUAUGUGUGUAUAAAUUUUAAAAAAUAUGUGGAGUAGAGAGAAAAAAACAACAAAAAAAAGGAUGAAGAUUAAGGAUCAAUAACCCCAUUUCUUUUUGCUAAACCUGCUACAUCUUUGAUUUUAUCAUCGUUUACAUAUAUAUCUACUUUUUAAAUAUUUCACAUGGAUCAGACUAUUGAAGUUGUUCCUAAUUUGGAUAUACGAUGGAGAAAAAAAUGAAUAUGAAAUGAACGAAAUAUUUGAAAAUUUCUUUUGGAAUUAUCUUUUAAUAUUCAAAAAUAAUUUGAAUAAAAAAAAAAAGAAAUAGAUACAUGAAUAAUUUUGAUAAAAAAUCUAACAGAGAAGGGAGAUAAAUGAGAGAAGGAGUAAAUUUCCUUUCUCCGGAGAUGUCGUAAAACGAAUAGCGAAGCAUACCAGCCCUACUCUCAACAUUAAAAUAUAUAGAGUCUUGUUUUCCUUUCGUACUUGCCGAUUGUAACACAGAAGAAGAAGAAGAAGAAGAAGAAGACGAAGAAAAAGGAAAAAAAGGAAAAGUUUAUAUUAGUUAUAUUCAACUGAAGUGAGGUGUUAUUAUUUCAAGAAAGAGAUACUUUCGUCGUGUAACAAACAAAACGGUACACUCUAUUUUCAAGUGUGGGAAGCUGUAGAUGGACCUCUUAACUUUUGUUUUUGAAAGGAUAGAUCAAUUUCAUAUAUAUUUGAACUAGGAUUUUUUCUUCAACAAGCUCUCAAUGAUAGUAUAUUGAAUAUUGGUGUUUUAUUUAUUAUCAGUGAUACUUGAUUGAAGUGGAAAAUGAUGUUUGGAAAUUACAGUGAAACCUGUUCGGUGAGAACCGAAGAUGUUGAGGAUGUGAUUAGAAAAAAACUUGAAAUUCUAUUGAAAGAAGGAACUCAAGUUCCGGCUGAUGAAGAUAAGGAAGAUUUAGAAUUACCUCCUUAUUAUGAUGAUAAAAAAUUUAAAUUUGCUCAAAUUUGCUUUCACAAUAAUCUCUUUACAAUGAUGAUAGCUAAACUCUCGGGACUUUUGACAUUAUUAGCAAUACCAUCAAUUUUAGAUAUUCUUAUAUUUACUAAACAAAGUGGCACACCAUGUGCAGCUUUUCGACGUUAUUUUUCAACGAUUCUACACACUUUCAUAUGGUAUGAAAAGAAUCCCCUCAAAGCAAAAGAAUUCUUUAAUUCGUUGAGAACUGUGAGAAGAAAACAUUGUUUAGCAUCGCGAAAAUGUUUUCAAGGUGGUCUCCGAAGAAUAACUCAAACCGACAUGGCAAUCACACAAUUUGGAUUUAUCGGUUUUACUUUAAUGUCCGCUGAACAAUUGGGUGUUAAGGCAACCGAAGAAGAACUCGAAGGAAUUGUUCACUUUUGGCGCGUAAUUGGUUAUAUGCUGGGAAUGGAAGAAAAAUAUAAUCUUUGCAAUGGAACUGUCGAGGAAUGUCGAAUUCUUUGUCGACUUCUUCUUAAUGAAGUAUUCAUUCCACUUUUUGAGAAGGGAAAUGAAAAAUUUGACGAAAUGGGACGAAUUCUCAUUGAAGCAAUGUGGCCGUUCAUUCCAUUUUUAGAUCCAAAAGCAUUCACUUCUUUUACAUUGCAACUUGCAAUAUCUGCGACAAUCAAUAAUAAUCAUUCUAUUGUCAAUGAAACAUCAUCGCUGCCAUUCAAGAGCAAAUUAUUAUUGAAUCUUCAAUUGAAUGUUCACAAAUAUUUGAUGCCAACAAAACAUUGGUGGUCAGCGAUUUUUCGAGCAAUUUUUAAUUUUCUUCUGAGACUUGCAAUUUUCCUCACAGAAAAUUAUCCCCUUUUACUAUACACUACCUUUGGAAAAAAGGCGAUCGUCAAAUUCCAUAAUGAAUGAAUUCAAAAUUAGAAGAAAAAAGAAAAUCUGUUUUUUGAUUUAAAAAAAUUUUAAUUAAUUAAAGAAAAAGAUACUUUUUCGUAUAAAAAAAAGCUUUUUUUGGUUCGUAAUAAAUCGAAUUAGUAAAAGAAAAUUAGAAUUAAGAAUUAAGUAAAAGAAUCUUAAAUCUCUUUCAAAAUAAAAGAUACUCAACUUUUAUUAAAAAAAAUGUUUAAAUAGGAAAUUUUUUAAAUUCUUUUUUGUUUUAAUUAAUUGAAAAGACAUCUUUUUUAGGAGUGCAGUGGAGUUUUAUAAAAAAAACGAAUCGUGAUCAAAAACCAAAAUAAUAUUCCAAAUCUUCACAUAAAGUGAAUUUAUUAGAUAAUUUUUACACUUAAGUAAAGAAAAAAAAGGGGGGGGCGAGAAUUAUAA